GCUUUUUAACUCACCUCUCACUCUCAGAUCAUUCCUGUUUCAUACAUCUCUCUCUUCUCUCUCUCUCUCUCUUCCCUUUUAGACUUGAGAGUUUGUGAGAAAGAAGAAGAAGAAAGAAAGGUUUUGCUCACUUUCUCAAACGUUCUCAACCCACCUGAGUUUCUCCAUUGCUCUCAUGUGAGAGAGAUCCUCUGUUUCUCUUCAUUUAUUUUUCUUCUCUGGAUUCGGAUCUAGCAUUAAGAAACUAGUUUGGUAAAAGAGGCUUAUCGUUCAGACAACAACACUCAUAAACAGAAUCUUUCUCUUCUUCUUGUCCUUAGAGUCUGGAAAAAAAGCAUCUCUUCUUGUUUUCCUCCUUUAGAUUCUUCUCUUAUCUUAUUAGAUGCUUAUCAUCUCUCUUUCUCGCACAGAUUCCUUUUGAAAAAAAAAUGCCAUCUUCAUAGAUCAAAGUCCCCAACCCUCUCUCUUUACCACCAUUGACACACAAUCAAAAUCCCUCUUCUUUAAAUUCAAUCAAGAACCGUUGAAAAAAAAGAAGAUGAGCAGAGGACUCGAAGUUAUGUCACCAGCAACAUACAUAGAGACAUCAAACUGGCUGUUCCAAGAGAACAGAGGAGCCAAGUGGACAGCUGAAGAAAACAAAAAGUUCGAAAACGCUUUAGCCUUUUACGACAAAGACACACCGGACAGAUGGUUCAAAGUCGCAGCUAUGCUCCCUGGCAAAACAGUCGGAGAUGUGAUCAAACAAUACAGAGAGCUAGAGGAAGAUGUCAGCGACAUCGAAGCUGGUCUUAUCCCGAUCCCUGGUUACGCCUCUGAUUCAUUCACACUAGAUUGGGGAGGCUACGACGUUGGAAACAAUGGGUUUAACAUGAACGGAUAUUACUUCGCCGCCGCCGGAGAAAAGAGAGGAUCCGCCGCGAGAGCAGCUGAGCAUGAGAGGAAGAAAGGUGUUCCUUGGACAGAAGAAGAACACAGACAAUUUCUGAUGGGUCUGAAGAAAUAUGGAAAAGGCGAUUGGAGAAACAUAGCUCGAAACUUUGUGACCACACGGACGCCAACGCAAGUCGCUAGUCACGCUCAGAAGUAUUUCAUAAGGCAAGUCAACGGUGGCAAAGAUAAACGCCGAUCAAGCAUCCAUGACAUCACCACCGUCAACAUCCCAGACACCCCUGAUGCCGCAACCGCUGACACCACAACCGCACCAUGCUCACCACCGUCACUAGGAGGAAGCCAUCGAGAGGCAUCGGAUCAGUGGGAAGGUCAAACGAUAUACGAUGAAACUUCGGCUGCAUUUUACAAUCAAAGUGCGUUUCAAGAAACGCUUCUUGGAAUGUCAUCAACGCCUUACAUGGCAAAACUGCAAGAGCAAAGUUUUCUAAACGCAUCACAAUUUGAAUCGUACAAUGCGUAUCUCCAAAUGUAGCACAAGGUGAAGAUCUCGGAGAGGUUACGAGUUAAUAAUCAUUAAUUUACUCUUUUUGUUUUUAUUGAUCGGUGUGGAUAUACAAAAAUAGCUGCUCUUAUGUCUCUUUUCGAGACAUUUAUUGUUUAUUUUUGUGGGUUGAUUCAACGAGCAUUUCAGCAAAUUAACUAUGUUAUGGUUAUUUUAAUUGUUGAGUGAUUAGCUUUGUUUUUCGUGUUGUGUAAUUUGGAACUCUUGUGAGCUCAAAUUGCUUAUUACAAUUUUCUAUGCUGUGUCAUGUAAACUACAUCAGUUCUUGUCCCUUAUUGAUGUAUUUUCA